AUGUCGGCUCAACCCGCUACCAGCUUCAACAAUAACCAGGCGAGCUUGGAUUCGCAUAUCCGCCCCUUCGAGAAAUCGGCUUCGAAUAACACUCUGUCCUCUGUCGUCGAGGAUGCGGCCACUCCUCCGCUCUCCACCUCCUCUUUCUCCAAGCACCUCCCUCUCCUUCACUCCGCAGCCUUGAAACCCGACUUCCGCCGCGGUUCAGGUGAUUCCGGAUACGACGAGGGCUCAUCCUCCCCAUCCCCCCUCGCCACACCCGACCUCGCUCCGUCCGUUGCUUCCGGUACCGGUUCUGGUGCAGAGUCUCCUGUCUCGUUGGACGAGUUCUCGUUCGGGCAUAAAUUGCGUGCGGAAGACCGCGCGGAGCACCACGGCGUCGACCAAAAAAUCAACCUUGCCGGCCUCAAUGGUCUCGAUAUCGGUGGUGUCACGGGUCUCGAGACCGGGUCGUUCGUCGCGAGCGCGAUGAUGCCGAUUAGGUAUGAGAUUAAAUGCGUUGAUGGCAUUCUCGAUACUUCCAACACGGACUUGUUGGUUGGGAUUGAUUGCUCUGUCUUUCCCGUUAUGAUGAAGCCUUACACUGGUGAACCUGUGGGUCGUCGUUUGGUGAUUGUCGAUAAUAAUGUGUAUGCGUUGUACGGCGACAAAAUCAAGGCAUACUUUGACCACCACGGCGUCGAAUCUCACAUUCACCCCCUCCGCGCCUCCGAGAACACGAAAGAAUUCGACUCCGUCCAGGAAUUGCUCCAGCAGUUCAAGAAUUUCGAUAUUGAUCGCCGUAAUGAGCCGAUUAUCGCUGUCGGUGGUGGAGUUACGUUGGAUAUCUGCUCCCUUGCCGCCAACUUGUGGCGUCGUAACACGCCUGUCGUUAAAGUCCCCACGACCCUCAUCGGCAUGGUCGAUGCCGGUGUCGGUGUCAAGACCGCCGUUAACUGGUGCGGAGGCAAGAACAAGAUCGGGACCUAUUGCGCCCCCCUCGGUGUCUUUGUCGAUGCUGAGCAGUUCCUCGGAUCUACUGGUGGCCGUGGUGUCGGAAAUGGGAUGGGCGAGAUCUUGAAGAUGGCUUGUGUCAAGGAUGUAGAGUUGUUCGAGUUGAUGGAGGGGUGGGUCGCCGCGAAGCCCGAAAUCGAGGGACGUGCGCCGACGAGUAUGAUCAUGAAGAGGGCAAUUCAGGGGAUGUUGGAGGAGCUCUCUCCGAACCUCUUUGAGCACACGCUUUACCGUGUUGUUGAUUACGGACACACAUUUUCCCCCUUUGUCGAGAUGGAUGCGUUGGAGACGAAUAAGCCUUUGUUGCACGGUGAGGCUGUUAACCUCGAUAUGGCUCUUUCGACCAUGCUUGCCCAUAACCGCGGAUGGCUUUACCCUGCCUCGGCCUCGCACUCUUUCUCCCUCGUCCGCCGGACUUACGCGCUCAUGUCCGCCCUCGGCCUCCCCCUCCGUCACGCCUCCUUCACCGCAGACAACUGCAUCACAGCCCUCGGCGAAAUCGAGAAAGCCCGUGGUGGACGCGUCAGGGUUCCGUUGAUGUCUGGAGGAAUUGGAAUGACGAGGUUCGCGGAUGAUGUUUGUGAGGACGAGGUUAGGAGGGCUUGGGAGGAUAUGUGUGAGCUGGUUGGGGAGAUGGAGAGCAAUGGGGAGUUGAUGGGACAGUUUGGGGCUGAGGGACAAGUCACGGAGGGACCGUUGGAGUAG